AGAAAUAUCGAGUAUUCGUAACUUUUGCAGAGUUUGCUCAAGUGCGAGCACUGGGAGUGCGGCAUGAACAUAGGUCGAUAUGACGGCGUGGUAGGAGUACACCGCUCAAACCAAACAGCCAAGGACUGGAAAUGAGGUAGUAGCCAUCGUCGCGAUCGUAGGCAGCGAUUUGGACAAGGGAAACCACAAUGGAAGGCAGAGUCCUUCCAACAUUGCGAUGAGAGAGCGCUCACGCUGAGGCUUAUCGGUGCUGUGUAGAGCAUCGAUGAAAUAGUCUCGACCUGCUCAAAGUACGUCGGAUGACAGCGAUCACACAAAUCAUGUCAAAAGUACUUCGUAACUUCUUUGAAUCCCACGGGUCACCACAAGUCUUGCUAGCUAAGCUUUUAGGGAAAUCGCCUCAAGCUAGAAGCCACCUUACACCAUCUCUCCGAGCCAAAAUCGACGCAAUCGCUCAACUGCGUAUUGAUUGCGGCGAGAAGAUCGGCGACAUGCUUUACCUCCAUCUUCAAAUCAAUCGCGAAGCCAAGUCGCCACCAUUGAGGAAAUACAUGAAGAAGUCGGGAAGAGGGAGUCAUGCAACCCUUGCAACGGCCGCCUGGGACACAAGAGCGAAAGAUCAGACGGCGAUAUCUGUACAGGUCUCCGCUGAGCUGCAUAGGAAAGCCCGGGAAGCGCUCGGGUACCAAGAUACCAAGCAUCAUGCAUUGAUUCAUACCUAGCUUUCCACUAUGUCGACGAAAAAUGUGCAAUCUUCUAAAUGGCCUGCUGACUUGUAUAUC